AUGACUAUAGAGGAAGAUGAUCAGAAGUGUCAGACUCCAGAUGUGAAUCCAACAGAUGUCCAUGGUGUUGGAACUGAACAUAAUAACUUAGUCAUCUCAUGGAAGGAGCUGACAGGCCUCCAGUCCAAUGGACCAGGACUACAGUACAAGGUGAACUGGAGACAGAAGGAUGUGGAGGAGGACUGGUUGUCUGAGACCGUGGCUAACGUCUCCAAGUAUGUGGUGUCAGGCACGCCCACUUUCGUACCCUAUGAGGUCAAAGUUCAGGCGGUGAACGACUAUGGAAACGGACCAGCGCCUGAGGCGGUGGUGGGGUAUUCUGGAGAGGACGUGCCCAUGUCAGCCCCAGAGAGUGUCCAGGUGCUGGUUCAGAACGGGACGCUAGCAGAGGUUCACUGGGAGCCUGUCCUCACCUCCAUGGUCAGGGGACGACUCCAGGGCUACAAGGUGUCCUACUGGCGUGAGCGUAGCCUCCACCAGGCAGAGGCUCAGCAGGAGGAGCAGCAGGUGUUGCUCUUCAGUGGGAACAGGACUGACGGCAGACUACCAGGCCUCAGACCCUACAGCCUCUAUACACUGAACAUCAGGGUGGCCAACGGCAAGGGAGAGGGGCCCCCCAGCCCCAACCACAACUUUGAGACCCCAGAGGGAGUCCCUGGUCCUCCUUCCUUCUUGCGUAUAAAGAACACCGACAUGGACUCUCUGACGCUGGAGUGGGGUCCUCCACAGGACAACAAUGGUCGCCUCACCGGCUACACACUCAAAUACCAGCCAGUCAACAGCUCCAAUGAGCUUGGUCCCGUUGAGGAGAUGAUGUUCCCAGCCAAUGAGACCACCGUAAUCCUGGCCGACCUCAAGUACAGCACCCGCUAUAAGUUCUACUUCAACGCUAAGACCAUCAAGGGCUCCGGCCCAACCAUCACAGAGGAGGCUGUCACUAUCAUGGAUGAAGCCUUUAUUCAGCAACCCAUAGUAGAUGUGUUCAAAGGCUACACAGAACCCCAUCUUCCAAUCUCUCCCAUCACUCAGUCUCUGCGCCCCCCGUUUCACAAGGUGCGUCCGAUAGGCCCGGCGUUCACCAAUGUAAACUCCUCUGUGGUGGGAGAGGAGGGAGCAGUGAUAAGUUGGGAAUACUUUGGACCAGAUAAGAAUGUGUAUGUGGAGUAUAUUGUAGAAAACAGUAAAGAAGACUGGACAAAAGAGUGUGUAAACGGCAGUAGCGGGUCUCAGACCCAUCUGAUAAAGGGCUUAAAGCCGGGGACGUCCUAUAGGGUUCGGCUGGCAGUGAAAGACCACUCUGAGGCUACCAUACACAGUACAGAGGAGCUAGUGAUAACGCUGCCAGAAGCAAUGAAAAGCGACCAGGUAGACCUAGCAACUCAGGGUUGGUUCAUAGGGCUGAUGUGUGCCAUCGCUCUCCUCAUCCUCGUCCUUCUCAUCAUCUGCUUCAUCAAGAGGAACAAGGGAGGGAAAUACCCAGUGAAAGAAAAAGAGGAUGCUCAUCAAGACCCAGAGAUCCAGCCUAUGAAGGAUGAUGAUGGGACGUUUGGAGAGUACAGUGACACGGAGGACCACAAGCCUCUGAAGGGCAGCCGGACGCCAUCCAACGGAACGGUGAAGAGGGACGACAGUGAUGACAGCCUGGUGGACUACGGUGAAGGAGGGGAUGGGCAGUUCAACGAGGAUGGAUCCUUCAUCGGCCAGUACAGCGGCAAGAAGGAGAAAGACACGCAUGAGGGCAACGAGAGCUCCGAGGCCCCCUCGCCGGUCAACGCUAUGAACUCCUUCGUCUAGGUAGAGAGACAGUCACCGCUAGCCGAUGGCGAUGCCAUGACGACUGGCUGCCAUGGAAACCGUCACUGUGGUGACCUGACCUGUCACCAUGGAGACCUGCCACCAUAAGGACGUGUCAUCAUGGAGACUCAUCACCGUGGUGACCUGUCACUGUGGCCACCCAUCACCAUGGCUACUUCUGUCACACCCUGUCAUCUCUCCACAGCCUGCCCCUCCUGCCCGCCAACUCCCCACCCCCCCCAUCACACUGUGACUACUCUCACCACCCUCACUGUCACACGAUGGGAGAAACAACUAACCAACCAGAACAGACAUGAGAAGAAGAACCUUAGAACCAUUUGAAAAAGUAGAAGGAGGGAUGUAGGAGCCCAGAAACAGACAGAGAGAGAUGGAGGAUGGAGGAGAAGGCAUCACUGACAAGCAGGAAGUGGAGGAAUGUAUUCCAGGAGCAGACUGGAUUGGUUCUCAUCACCCAGACUGCUCCACAAAGUGCUGGAGAGGGCAUGUGUGUGUUAGGGCCAUUUUAGCUUUUGCAAACGUAUAUAUGAUGACAUAUAUAGAUCGUUGUCUUUUUGCAAACGAUGAUAUCCAUUAGAAUAUAUAUUUUCUCCACAUCACCCAACAUGGCAGUCAACAGUAUACAGUUUUCCAUUCUAUACAUCCAUCUGCUUCUGAUUAAUAUACUGCAUGGAAUGACUGAUAUUCUAAACCAUUACACACGGAAUCAUACUGGUGUCUAGUGUGGGAGCAGAGAUUCACGUUGACUGACUGUACGCGAUGACGGAGCACCUUCAACUACUGGUUAUGCCUUUCAUCAUCUUACCUUUCUACUGUCAGAAGUGUUAUAUUGGUGUUAUAAUACGGGGGAAACUAUGGCAUCAUCAAUGUCUUUGUGAACAUUGCUGUGAAAAGUGUGACUCAGUUUAAAUGCUAUUGUGCCAUGUUAUUUUUGCAAGACAGGACGUGUUUGUAUGUAUACUGUAAUAGCAGAACACAUCUAUGGACUGGAUGGUCAGGGAUAAACACAUUUCUAGUUUGUAGCCCUGAAGAGAAAAGGAGUGAUAAUUAAUACAGAAUAACACCGACACUCCUCACCUCUCUCCAACGAUCCUACACUCACACACAGACGUUGCUGUUUGUCUUUCUUGUUGUUUAGUUGUCUUCCGUUCCACCAGACACAUGGUCUUGUUGCAGUGGCUCUGCUAUCUAACAUGGAGAUUGGAACAGACCCAUUGUUCAUACAGCCUCACCACACACUCAGCUGAGACUGCAUACAGCCUCACCACACACUCAGCUGAGACUGCAUACAGCCUCACCACACACUCAGCUGAGACUGCAUACAGCCUCACCACACACUCAGCUGAGACUGCAUACAGCCUCACCACACACUCAGCUGAGACUGCAUACAGCCUCGCCACACACUCAGCUGAGACUGCAUACAGCCUCGCCACACACUCAGCUGAGACUGCAUACAGCCUCACCACACACUCAGCUGAGACUGCAUACAGCCUCACCACACACUCAGCUGAGACUGCAUACAGCCUCGCCACACACUCAGCUGAGACUGCAUACAGCCUCUCUGAUCAUGGAACAAACAUUGAUCAACAUGUUGGCCUAACCUAUAAAAUGGCCACCAUCCAGCAUAGAUCAACAGCAUUGCAUCUCCACGCUCCUGCCUUGUGUGGAGAGAGAGAACAAGAGAGAGAGAGAACAAGAGAGAGAGAGAGAACGAGAGAGAGAGAACAGAGAGAGAGAGAGAGAACAAGAGAGAGAGAGAGAAGAGAGAACAAGAGA